AUGGCUCAGGCUCAUGAGCAAGCGGAGUAUGAGGUCAAGGAGACGUCGUCCAGUCAGAAUGGCCACGGCAAACACGAAGACACGCAUCAAAUUGCAGAACACGGCCAUGUUGCGACGGACAUGUACGGCAAGGCAUUGAUAGAAUUCGACCCCAAAGCCGAAGCGCGUCUACGGCGCAAGAUCGACCUAUACAUCAUCCCGACGGUCGCCAUGCUCUAUCUCUUCUGUUUCAUCGACCGUGCAAACAUUGGAAACGCCCGUCUAGCUGGCUUUGAAAAGGAUCUCAAACUCAAGCAUUACGACUACAAUAUCGUGCUGUCCGUAUUCUACAUUAGCUACAUUGUCUUCGAGAUCCCUUCAAACAUGUGCUGUAAAUGGGUUGGACCUGGGUGGUUCAUUCCUACGAUUUCUCUGGGCUUUGGUCUCAUUUCCGUCGGCAUGGCGUUUGUCACGGAUAUGAGCUCGGCUUGCGGUGUACGAUUUCUGCUAGGCGCCUUCGAAGCCGGUAUGCUGCCGGGAAUCGCGUACUACAUGUCACGCUGGUACCGACGGUCGGAGCUGGCGCUUCGAUUGGCCUUGUAUGUUGUCAUGGCGCCUAUGGCUGGUGCCUUUGGCGGUUUGCUCGCCUCUGCAAUCCUCAAGUUGGACAAGUUCGGGUCGCGCCAUCGGUGGGAGAUGAUUUUUGCGAUUGAGGGAAUCAUCACUGUCGGUCUUGCGCUUAUUGCGUUUUUCACUAUGACGGAUCGACCUGAGACGGCUCGUUGGUUGAGUCAGGAAGAGAAGGAUUUGGCAAUCGCUCGUGUCAAGUCGGAACGUGUUGGCCAGACUGAUGUUCUAGACAAGUUGGACACGAAGAAGACACUUCGCGGCAUUUUCAACCCCGUUGUCUUGACCACGGCGUUCAUCUUCCUGCUCGACAAUAUCACCGUCCAGGGACUUGCCUUUUUCUUGCCGACAAUCGUCAAAACAAUUUAUCCAAAGAACACGGUCGUAUCCCAGCAACUUCACACUGUCCCACCUUACGUUGUUGGUGCGGUCUUUUCGGUGUUUUUCCCGUAUCUCAGUGGACGAUUCGACAGGCGUGUCAUCUUCUUCAUCAUAUCAGCCCCGUUCAUGAUGAUUGGCUAUAUCAUGUUCCUGGCGAGCAAAGACCACGACGUCCGCUAUGGUGCCACCUUCUUGAUCGCCUCGGGAGCAUUCACUUUCGGCUCACUUGCGAAUGCGCAAGCCUCUGCCAACGUAGUGUCGGAUACCGCCAGAGCCUCUGGAAUUGGUACUGUUGUCAUGAUGGGUAAUAUUGGUGGUUUAAUCUCCACAUGGAGUUUCCUACCCACCGACGCUCCCAACUACCAUAUUGGUAACGGCCUCAACUUGGCGACCAGCAGCACAAUGUUCAUCACAAGUAUCCUGCUACUGCUGUGGAUGAAGUCGAGCAACAAGAAGCGUCAAGGCAUUGACAUUGCACAGGAAUUGGCUGGGAAAUCUGCUGGAGAAAUUGAGGAUCUUGAUUGGAGGCAUCCUGCUUUUAGGUGGAAGCUCUGA